AUUGAAAAAGAAUUGUGUUCAUAGGCGUUAACCCGGAUCCGGAUUUGAGAGACGAAGCAACAAGUUGUGAUUGUAGGUCUCUCUAUCUUUUGUUUCUGCUGCGAUUUACUUCCUCCGUCGUCGUUUCUGUGUGUUUCAACAUCAUCAUCAAUGGGAAAUCAAAGCCAACGGUGUCGCCGGCUGCUGUACUUGUGCAUCUUACUCUCUCUCUCUCUGGUUGCUGUUGGCGGCGAUUCCCACUUCGAGGGAUUCGAAGCUGAAGACGACGAAUUCGAAGACGCUUCUAUCGAUCCCACCACUCUCCGCUCUCCACCUUCCCAACCUCUCACAACUGACCUCACUCCUCCUACCCCCGCCGAUCCCCAACCCGAUCCAAAACCCGCACCCUCCGAUCUCCCGAAACCCCCGCCCACCACCUUCGAUUUCUGGGACGAGGACGAAUUCGAAGGCCUCCCAAUCGAACACCCCUCUCCCGACCAGGACCUUCCCGCCGAUCCCGUAUCCUCCGAUCACAAUGCUUCCGUCUCCGAUCCCACUUCCCCUCCCACCCAAACCGACGCCAAGCGUCCUCGCUCCUUCACCGUGGAGAUCGUAUGCAUCUCUUUCCUCAUCAUGUUCGCCAUCAACUACUUCACCGGAAAGCGCGAGAACGAGAACAUAGCCCUCUCUUGGGCCGCACAGUUCGCCGCCAAGGACUCCAUCUUCGAGAAGAAUUUCAGCCUCCUCGGCAUCGGCGAUGGCGGCGACGACUCUCCACUCCUCCUGAAAGAAGGACAAACAACCUUCAAGUUUUACGCCAGCGGCCGCAGGUACUGCCAGGGCCUUCUGGCCACACUGGAGCUCAAGAGCCGCCACGAUCUCAUCGCCAGAAUCUACAACAUGGUGGUUCCUACCAGGGACGAGAUCAGCUUCGAGGUUUACAUGAACGACGACGCCAUGGAUCACGUGGUCUUCGCCAUGGCCAAGAAGAAGGCUGCCAAGGCCAUGCACAAGGAUGUCAAGGACUUGCAGAGGUUCGCCGGUUUCGUCUCCGCCCCAAAUGGCCGCAAGUGGAUUACUGACGAUUUGGCUGUGAUUUCUGAGUCCAAGGAAGUUGCUGGCGAGUUGAUCACCGAUGCUGUCAUUGAUCAGGUGUUUGGUGAAAAAGCUUUUGAGAAAUAUGGGAAAAGUUUAAUUUCCUUGCAUUUCUCCGACCAACACCCUGGCAGACACAGGAAGGUACUGAUGUUCAAGUUUGCGCUUCCAUCUGCUAAAAAUAUGGCUGAUAUGACUCGACUGGUGGCUCUUGUUCCGUAUUACAUUGACUUGAUCGGAAGAUAUAAAUUAAGUCCUCAGGCUCGGUCCAAGACGGAGACAGCCCGACAAAAGGCUGCUCAAGAGGCUCAAAAGGAACUCCGAAAUGCUCAGCAAGAGGCCAUGCAGAGAAGAAAAGCAGAGAGGAAAAAGAUGAUGGAGGAGGCUGAGGCAAAGCUCAGCGCGGAGGCUAUUCGAAAGAAGGAGGCAAAAGAGCGCGCCCGCCAAAUGAAAAAGGCAAUGCCAAGGAUGAAAAUGGCUCGUGGUGCCUAAUUAUUUAGCGUUAUUGUGUUUGAUGAUGACUCACGAGUAGAGUUGAAGACCAUCCCCACCCCCACCUUGUAGUUGGGUCUCCUGCCUUUUGUAGAACUAGGGCAGUGUACUUUUGUUAGUCGGCAUUUCUUCUAAAGAAGCUAAGCUAGAUAGGCGUGGCCACUUUAUGGCGGAUAUGCAAUGUACCAAAUUGUUGAUUUUAGAAACAUUUGCCUAUAAGCUCCUAGUUACAACUUCAAGCAACCUUUUUCUGGCUUUUGGACAAGGUUGUAUCCUCAUUUUCUUUUUCUGACAGCGUGCCCAAAAUCCAUAUUGUGACAAGCCUAAAUGAACUUCCUUAUUUGCUUUU